GGGUAUUCAAAUUCAACUGAUGAACACAGGACUUUUGAAAUGGCGGUCGUCUUAGCUAGGGAAUCAGUCAGGAUACAUGGAGCUGAGCUCUCUCCCAUUGUGCUAUAAAAAGAGGUCCAAUAUAUUCAUCCUCUUCGAUCAUCAGCAGCAAGUAGAGACUGCCAUUAUAUAAUUUAUAUUAUGAAAUAUUGCCAUUAGCCAUUUUUGGCAUUGCUUCACGGGCAACCGCGAAGGAAGUACAAAUGUUCGAUGUCAGGGGUUCGCUCCAGAAAACACUUGACGUCUUCUCCCCUGACAUCCUCCUCGUCCCUCAGCGGGACGAAGAUGAUCAUAAACACAACUUUUCUUCUUCUUCUUCUUCUACUACGGCUACUACUAAUAAUAGUACAACUACUUUGGGAUAUUCCUUUGAGUUGCAUACUCGAUUGUCUGUCGAGGGAAGACCAGAUGCGGAGGAUUACCGGAUGCUGACGUUAGCUCGACUCGGUCGUGAUUCGGCCCGAGUGAGUUCGAUCCUUCAGGCCCGGGCAGCUGUCGCCGUCAAAGGGACGACGGACAAUACAUCAUCGGUGGGGUUGGCCCGUGGUAGUGGUGGUGGUUACUUGGCCCGUCUCGGGGUUGGCACCCCUCCCAUGUGGUUUUACCUGGUUGCCGAUACCGGGAGUGAUCUUACCUGGCUCCAGUGCGAACCUUGCAACCCUUGUAUCCCCCGCCGGGGCCCCAAUUUCGAUCCCUCCGAUUCUUUCACUUACCAUCCUAUCAUUUAUGAUUCGGCCCCCGUUACCUACGGGGUGGAAUACGGCGAUGGAUCUUACACGGCCGGCGAUUUGGCCUCGGAAUCCGUAACCUUCUUUGGCCGCCGCGGAUCGAGCGAAUUAUUGCAGAUCGGUUGCGGAUUUGCAAACGGAGGGACGUUUGCUGGAGGCGUAGGAAUACUUGGUCUGGGCCGCGGCCCAGAUUCGUUCCCUUCCCAGAUGAACUUAGCAUCUUUCUCCUACUGCCUCGUCGACAAGGACUUCAGAAACUCCUCGACUCUCGAGUUUAUUAUUAACUCGUCCCCUCAUACACCGCCGCCCGCGGACGCUGGUGCGGUCGUUGCCUCUUUAAUCCGCAAAGCAGGCCGGAGGGCGUCGAGUUUCUAUUACGUUGACUUGAUCGGGAUCAGCAUCGGCGGCGGCGGCGGCGGGAUGAUACCCAUCGGCGGCGCGAACACAACAACAGGCGAAGAAGGCGGAGUCAUCCUCGACUCGGGAACGACAUUGACCUACUUGCAGUUGAGCACCUACGUUCCCUUCCGACAAGACUUCCUCGGUGCGGCGGCCCACAACUUGGCGUUAGUGUUCCCACCCGCCCAUCUCCCAUUUGACACGUGUUUCGAUUUGUCGAACCUGAGGAGCGUGGAUGUACCAACGGUGUCGUUUCACUUCGCCGCCAGUAAGAAGCCGUUGCUGCUGCCGCCUGAGAAUUAUCUGCUCCCGGUGGACUCCAAUGGCACGCAUUGCUUGGCCUUCAUUCCCAUGCUGAACUCUUCCAUGUCCAUCAUCGGAAACGUGCAGCAGCAGGGGAUGCGAGUCACCUACGACCUUGCCAAAUCCCAGAUCCGAUUCAGACCCAAUCAAUGCUAGCUAUCUAGUGCCGUGGCUCCAUAUAUACUUUUAUCUUCUAUCUAUGCCUAUAUAUAUAUAUAUAUAUAUAUAUAUAUAUAUAAACACCUACAUACACGCCCAUCACUUCUUUCAACAUUAUCAUAUAUGUCAACUCCAUCACAUUAUGCAUCUUUUUUGUUAUCCUAUUUAUUGGAGUGUUAUAACAAAAAUCAUCAAGAAAUCAUAAUAAUAGUAACACUGAUAU